GCUGUUUUUUGUGUGGCGGGGCAGUGACAUAACCCCAACACUUGGCUUUUUUUUUAUAAAACAGUUAUUUAUUCUGACAUAAAAUGUCCUCCUUUAAAUACAGUGAGCUGAUUAAGCUCGGCACACAGUACGCACGUCGUAUGAAUUAUCUGUCGAAUCGCAUAUUUGGCGAAGUGGCGCGCACAACAAACGACAAGUCUAUGAAGGUUGUUCGCAUGUUUUCGGAGGAGCCAAUACAAAAGCGCGACUACGUUGUUAACUGGUAUCCGCGGCAUGUGGAAACGCAUCUGCUUAUGAGAAACCUAAGGGAUUACGGUCUCUUUCGAGAUGAGCAUCAGGACUUUAAGGAGGAAAUGAAACGUUUGCGGAAGCUGCGUGGCAAGGCGCCGCCCAAGAAGGGUGAAGGCAAACGUGCAUCCAAGAAAUAGACAUAAUAAACCACACUAUAAUAUAUAUGAUA